AUGACUUUGGACAUUAGCCAGGCAUGGAAAGAUUGUCUUAUGCACCCCACCCCCUUCUCUGUGCCAGUCCUGGAAGGUCCCCAGGCCUCAGCUCUGAGUAGCCGAAGAAAGCAAAGCGAGAGACCCAACCUGUACAUCUCCUCCCUGGCAGUCUCAGAGCCUAGUGCAAAUGCAUUGAGAGGCCCAAGGCUGGUGUCUGGGGAGGCUGGAGGAGCUGUCACCAUCCAUUGCCAUUAUGCCCCCUCCUCGGUCAACAGGCACCAAAGAAAAUACUGGUGCCGCCUGGGGCCUCCGUUGUGGAUCUGCUCCACCAUCGUGUCCACCAACCACUACACUCACCGUGACUACAGAGGGCGUGUGGCUCUCACUGACUUGCCACAGAGCAGUUUGUUCACGGUGAAGCUGUCCCGACUGUCACUGAAUGACACGGGACUUUAUCGCUGUGGCAUCGGAGACCGAAAUGACGUGCUGUUCUUCAGGAUGAAUCUGAUUGUGUCUGCAGUGCUCUUACAGGAGGAGAAAGCAACUCUUGGAUCCUGACUCCAGUCUCCACUGUGCUGGCCCUGGUUCUGCUUGCGGCUCUGGUCCUACUGAAAAGGAGACCCUGGAGAGAGAGGGCCUCUCAGGAGGCAGAAAGGCCACCAAGGAUCACUCUAA